UGAUCCACACUCAACCAGUGAGUGGCGGUAAUGCAAUAUUUCGUUGUUUGCCAACCGCAAAUAGACAUCAAGAGGAAGAAGAAGGACAGACUCGGAAGAGUCACAUUCGUGUGCGAGCAAAACGAGAUAGUAAAUAGACCGUUGAGCUCUUCUGUGCUUACAAUUCUCCUCAAAAUUGUAGUUUUGAAAGCACUAGCCGUCAGCUUCAUUAUUAGCAACAUCUAGCUGCUAGCUAGCAGCUGAAGAGCAGCUGACAUUAACAGUUAGCAGAUUGACAGCUAACUAGCUAGCAGUGUGACAGGCCAACAACAACAAGCUAGUAUGGACUCUUGGGUUCGCUUUAACGCCCAGAGCCAAGCAAAGGAGAGAAUUAUUAGGGCUGCCCAGUAUGCCUGCACUCUGCUGGGCUACACACUGCAGAAAGGAGGGGCAGCAGGUGAACUUCGCAAAACUGUCAGUCAGCUGGAAGCACAUAUGAGCCUGACAAGAAAGUUGCUGCGUUUGGGAAACUCUGUGGAGGCACUGGAGGCAGCGAAGAGGGCCAUACACCUCUCUGACAGUGUGCUGAAGCUCUGCCUCACCAUCAGCCACCUCAACAGAGCCAUGUACUUUGCCUGUGAUAAUGUCCUGUGGGCUGGAAAAACAGGCCUCAUCUCUAAACUGGACCAGCACAAGUGGAGUCAGAGAUCUUUCAGGUACUACCUCUUUGCUCUGAUCCUCAACCUGACCCGAGACGUGUACGAGCUCCAUCUCCUCAUGGAGUGUGAAGCACGUUACAGAGCCACCAAAUCACCACCCUCACCCUACCCCAGCACCACCACCCAGCCCUCUGAUGAUCUGUCCUCCUCCUCCUCCUCACCCGCCGCUCCGGCCGCCGUCGCCCUGCCCAUGAUGUCAGCGUGGCUGCGCAGACAGCUUCACCUGCUGGUGACGGUGCUGUACAGUAACCCGCCGCUGCUGUUGGACCUGCUGAAGAACAGUUGUGAUAUCUUCAUCCCGCUGGAUCGGCUGGGGAUUUACCCCACGGGGACAGGCUUUGUCGGGGCGUGUGGCCUGGCCUCCUCUGUCCUCUCCAUCCUCACCAUGGUACACCCUUGGCUCAAACUCAAGCCAUGAACACUGAAACACAGAUGAGGGUCACAUCUGAGGAGCUAAAGGGAGGACUGAAUCAGAAUCUAACAGUUAACAGACUCAUCAUUCUGUGAAGACAGCAGCUGCUGGUGGGAUUUUGUUUUGAAAUAGGUGGCAGGACAUCAAAAUCCUUGAAAUGUCCCUCAAAAUAACCGACAGGGUGGAUCCAUGAGGAGCUUCUUUUACUCAGCAUCACAUACCGCAUUCACUGAUUAACAACUCAGCUGGUUACUGACCUGCAUGUCUGCUGGACCACAGUUCCAGCUACGCUUCAGACUGAAGAGAAGAAGUGUGGUGAUGCUGCACAGAGCCCACUGCUUGUCCUUAUUGUCUCUCACUCUCACAAAGCAAGGCCUUGACCCUGACAGUCCUGCAUCACUAUCUGUCACCGUGUGAUUGGCCCAGCCCGCUCUGAUCCUCUUCUCGUGUUUUUAACUUCAUUAUGUUAACAGACAGAACCAAAAACCCCUGAGUUAUGAGGCUCAUCAGUCAUUACAGUCUCAUCAGAAGCAGCUCUGCUCUCUCGUGUUCUUUGCCUCCUCAUUGGCAUCUGCUCUCCAACUGGCUCAUAUUAAAUAAGACCCACCCUCUUGGUGUUCAGCAACCAAUCAAAAUGACAAAUGACAACCGGUGACCAUGAAAUUUAGUUUUUUUGUUAUUGAUCUGCUUCAGUCCUGUGAGAUAGAGAUGCAGGAACAUGAUAUGUAGUUUGAAGGUAAAGCCUAUAUUUCAUUUAAAGAGAAACUUGUAAGGAGUGACAUGUGGUACCAUUCCUCUCACCCCCACCAUAGAGUCAACACAAUCUCACUAUAGAUUUAGUUUUCUGAAUAAAACAUGUAAUAAUAAAAACACACAUUGUCCACAGACAACCAGAACAUCCAUUGAAGGCCUUAUAAUCUUGACAAAACUAAUACAUUUACAGUAGAAAUUCUAUAUUAAGACUUUCAGUGUGAAGUGUCUAAAAACUAAAACGAUGUUAAAAUACUGUUGACUUGUUCUGGGCCUCAAGAAUAAUCUGAUGAGCUUUUGGAAGGAAAUCUAAUUAAUUAAUUAUUUCCUGUAGUAGCAGUCAGUAAUAACAGAACUACUACUGAAAUGACACUGUAAUGUCUCUGCUAUCAUCAGGAAGGUGCAUACCCCUGACUCUACUGUACAUGCAUAACUCUGAUGCAGUCUUGUUUUAGAAGUCUUAUUAAUCAACAUCUCAGCAGUUAUAUCUGCAGCUCUUCAUCUUUCUACUUAAGAGGCCAGCACCUCACUGAAACAGGUGUAAAAACAUCUGCAGUGAGCUGGGAGGAGAUUAAGGAUGCAACAUGAAUCUUUUAACUGGUUGAUUUUUUUUGUGACUGAAUGUGUGUUCUCAGAUGUCGGCAAAAGAAGAAAUGUCCAAAUAAUUUUAUAUAAGAUGGGGAGAGUCUCGAGGGACCACAGCAUGUAGGAGUUGCUCAGAGGAUGGAAGACAGAUCAUGUUGUUCAAUAGGUUACUUCAUGCUUGUACUCUGAAGAGGCAGUCACAGCAGCUGUCCCUGAUUGUUACAGAUGAGUUCAGUGAGUUGUGGAGCUGAUGUUUUAAGGAAGCAGUACCUUGUAUCUGACUUGCAUGGAGUGAAGUGGUUCUACAACUCUGUUCAGAGCUGCUGCUACAGUAUUAAGAGUAUGAAGGCCAAACACAGUACCACUAGUGGUAGCAAAAAUAUCAUUUUCAAUUAUCAUCGUCUACCAUCAGCUAAUAUAUCAUCCACUGGUGGUCAGUCAUGUAUCCCUCAAGAUUCUCCCAUAAAAUAUCAGCCGUCCUUGUGCAAAAUCACUACUGAAGUCAAAAAUGGUCAUUUCUCAGCCUUCUGUCACUGAUCUGAAUGAACUUGUUUCUCUUCUGUGAGUCCUAUGUCACACUGGGUUAGUUAGUAGUGUCAGUGUGAGGCGGAUCAACGGUUCAGCAUUUAAAAACCACUUUCCCAUUUGAAAGAAGCUUCAGGAACAGACCUACAGACAUAGUUUGUUAGUUUAUGAAUUGAAGAUUGAGAAAGCAUAGAUGAGUUCUAUUUAACGCAAAUACAUAUUUUCUAAUAUCAAAACAUUAUUUUCUAAAUUAGAAGCUGAAAUAUCACUAUCACUGCCUGUAUCUUUACCAUUCUGACUGGACUACAUGAUGGAAUGCUUCUACUCAUCCAUAUCUGUCAGUCAACACCUACUGAAUGUUCUCAUUUGUGGACCUUUGUUGUGGUCCAACUUGUUGACAAGUUUGAUUUUGUUGUUGAUAUUUCUGCCUGCAAUAAAGAGCUUAUAUGUGGCUGGACUGACUGCA